AUGAGUCAAGUUCAAAUUAGACAAGUAUCAUUAGCCACAUCAACUGAUGCCCAAAGAGUUGUUGGUUCAUGGUUUCCAUCUGGUUAUUAUGGGCAUUUUAGAGCUAGAUCACGUGCUGAUUUAUGCAAUUAUUUUCGUCAAUUAGCUCGACCUACUCCACCUAAAAAAUUUCUCGAUCGACAAAAAGCUGAAGCAACUACUCAUGCAUUUUCUCGACAUGAUAAUCGUUUUAAAUUUGAAAGUGACCCACUUGUUCGUGGUACACAAACGGGUUUCGGUAAACGAAAGGCUCAAACUAAUAUACGCGGCGAAUUCGAUCCAUUAUUUGUUAGUUGGAUACCAAAAAACGUUGAUCCUAAAGCAUUUGUUGAUGAUGUUAAAAUAACAUCAUAUGCUGAUGAGUAUAAUCAUGAUGCAACUGCACCACAUAUACUAGCUGAAGUUCAAUUAGUACAACCAAUAAUUAAUGAUAAUGAAAAAGCCGCAACAUUACCAUCAUCUCCGCCAGAAAUAACUGUUUAUGCAAGCACAUAUAGACAUGGUCAACCUGAUCCUGAACAAUCAAAACAAAUUCGUCGAGAAACAUUUGAACGAUUUUUAACAACACGUACACGUCUUGUAGAACAACAACGUAAUCAACGUAGUACAAGUGUUGCAUCAUGUCUUGUAUGGAAUAAUAUACAUGAUGAUAAGAAACCUCCUAUAUCAAAUGAUAAAAUGAUUAAUAUUGUCGUACCUAUUUCAUUACAACCUCGUGUUAUUCCGAAUAAUAAUAACUAUAAUACAACGUCUCGUCAACGUGCACAAAGUGCUGGACCUCGUCUUAUGUCGACUGGAUCUGAUCAACCACCACUAAAAACAUUUCCAAGUCAUUCAAUGCAAACAGUGAAAACCACAAUGACAACAUUAGAACGACCACAUACAGCUACGACAACAUCACGUGAACAUUAUACAGGAGGAAAUUUCGGUCUUAGAGUAGCACCACCUCCGAGAGCAGCUACAGCAUUUGAAAAAACUCCUACGAAUAGUAUGGAUAGUCUUGUUUCAAAAUAUAUGUAA